UCCAGUUCAUUACAAAUAUACGAUUCAUACCUUCUUCUCUUCUUUUUACCGUUAAACAUUUAGAGGAUUACAGUUUCAUCAAAACUCUGAUUUCCCCACUACAUUUAAGCAUUCAUGUCUGCAUGUGUUUGAAAUUCGAAUCCCACACACUUCUUUUUCAACCGCUCCAAUUUUCUCAACUGUUUCUCCACACUUAAUCAUCGUGUUCUUCAUUUUUCAAUUUUAUUAGUUUUCUCUAUACUAUGGUGAUUACUAGGUCUGUUUCCAAAAAAUCUCCUAAAUCUACGGCUGUAAUGCCUAAAAUUAAGAAUCCUUCAAGCAAACGAAAGAUUGAGUUUGCUGAGAGUAGUGGUCACAAAAGGAGAGUUGUUGUUGAAGACGACGAUGAUGAUUUCGAAAAUGUUAUAGUUUCGAAAAAAAAAUUGCUAAAUCUGUUCUUCCUUCUAGUUCAAAGGCUGUGCGUACCGUUAAGGAAUGGGAUUUUUUCAUCAGGCCUGAAGAUCAUUUUCAUUCAAAGGUUUCUCAUAAUGAGGGUGUCGAUGUCAUUUCUAAUAUUAAAAAGAAUUUAACCCCUGAAACUUUGGAGAGAUUUUCACAAACUUGUUUUGGAAAGUUUUUAAAUAUGCAAGAAUUUUUAAUUCAAGGCCAAUUGAUCCACUGUUUGCUUCUUAGAGAGGUAAAACAGCCUGUGUUUUAUGAGUUAUGGAUCAAAGUUUCUGGUCAGUUGUUAAAAUUUUCUAUUGAUGAAUUUGCUUUAAUAACUGGACUGAAAUGUGUUGGUAGUGUUGAUCUCAAGUUGUACAAAAAUGAGACUUCUGAUUUUAAAACUAACUGUUUUGGAAAUAUAAAGAAAGUUUCAAAAAAGUUUUUGGAAUAUAGUUUUCUUUCGAAGCGUUGGAGUAACGAGGAAGAGGCUUUUCAAAUGGCUGUCUUGUAUUUCAUUGAAAUAUUUUUAUAUAAUAACAAAAGUGAGUCAAAUGUUCGUGAUGCACAUUUUAACCUUGUUUGUAGUGGUGACUUUGAAAAUUUCCCAUGGGGAAAAGAUUUGUUUCAUGCUACUUUGGAGUUUUUAAAAAGUAAACUCAGUUUAUGGAAAAACUGUGAUUUUUUAAAGAAAAAAUCACGAUCUUCUGAUACCCGACCUUCAAGCCGAUAUGACGGAUUCCCUUUGGCCUUCCAAACUUGGUUUUUCGAGUGUUGCCCUGCUCUCGAAGGUGGAAUAGCUUCUUGUUGUGGAACUGAAAUUCCUCGCAUUUUGCGUUGGAAGGUUACAACUCUUCAGAGUUGGUCUUAUUUGUGCCGAAACCUCUUUGAUCAAUCUGCUGAACAGUUAAAAUUAUGCAAUAUUACACCAACCGUUGAGGAGAGGACGUUGUUGAACUUAGAGGGGCUGUUUUUAAAAGGAAAGCGUAAAGUCGAAAUGGAGCUAGAGGAUAGUGAAGGAGUUAAUUUUAAAACCAAAAUUAAUAAAUUGGUUUUGAAUCAGUCGAAGAUGUUCAAUGAGUUUGCUGCUAUCAAGACAUUCAUAGAGACUGAAUUCUUUGAUGUCAAGAAUCAAUUGGUUGAAUUGAAAAGUCUAAUCACUGCGGCUGCUCGUCGAGAUACUGUCGAGGUGGAUGCUCGUGGUCUUGUUUCUUCUUCAGAAGAAACUGUUAGUGAACAUUCGAUGAGAGUGAAUCAAGAAAGCAUUGAUAACAAGGGUGAUGAGAAUGAGCAGAAUAAGAAAGUGGAAAGUAAUGCGAACGAUCCUACUGACAUACCGAAAAGCGAUGACGUCGGUGAUUCUAAGGAUCAUAUGAAUGACCAUACUGAUGACAGCGAUGAUAGCGGCAGUGAGGAUAAGGUUGAUCCGAAUGAGACUCGCGAUAGAGAGGAAAGUGAUGAUAGCGAAAAUAGUGAUGAUGACAUGACAGAUGAUAAGAGUGAAAGAGAUGACAGAGCAGGUGAUAUAAAAAAGGACGAUGAGAGAAGGGAUGGCUCAAGCUAUGGGAAUGCAGUUGACGAGAGGUUCAAUUAUGCGUACAAAGAUCGUGAGUAUGGUGAAAGUUCUGAAAAGAAAGUUGAUGAGGGUAAUGAUGUAUCAAAAGAGAAUGAAAAAGUUAGACAACGUAGCAAAAAGGCUGAUUCUGUUGAUAGUCGUCCUACUUUCAAUCUUCUAGAAUCAAGUACUCAAGGGACUCCUAGUACAUUUGAUUCAAUUGAAAUAAUGGGUCUUACCAAAGCUGUUGAUCUUGCUGAAAUAGAAGCCGGUCUUGUUUCUAAUGUUAAUGCCGUUGAUUCUUUUUUUGAAAAGAAAGUUGAUGAGGGGAUUAAUGUGAUGCAAAAGGGUGAAAAUGAUAUCAAAGAUAGCGAAAAGGUUGAUUUAGUUGAUAGUCGUCCUACUCUCAAUACUUUUGAAGCAAGUACACAAGGGACUUCUAGUACAUUUGACUCAGUUGAAAUACGUGCUAUCGAUAAAGCUGAAAGAGACGCUAUCAAUAAAGCUCAAAUAGACGCUGUUGAUAAAGCUGAAAGAGACGCUGGUCUUCUUGGCAAGAAGGUUUAUGAAGUUGAUGAGGGAUUAGAGGAUGAAUCUAUAUUUGAUGAAGCUUGUCUCAAUGAUCUUGCUUAUGUUUGUGAUCGUAUUGAAAAACAAGCUGCUGAUCGUAUUGAACAACAAGCUGCUGAUCAAGUUGCAAAAGAAGCUUCCGCUGGUCAAGUUGCAAAAGAAGCUUCCGCUGGUCAAGUUGCAAAAGAAGCUUCUGAGUUGCAGAAGGCUUCUUUGAAAGAAAUUACUGUGUAUCGAGGCAGUCCAUCAGAGCAAAUUUCAAAGAUUGCCUCUGAGUUCAAAAUUCCUUAUGCAAAGCCACUAGCAUUUAUCAAGGCUAAAGAGAACGUAAAAUGUGUGAAGAAACUGAAUCCUCUUGACGACAAUGUUGAUGGAGAUAUCCAAUGUGCAGAACUACAAGAUUUUGUUGAUUGGAUUCAGUGUGGCCUGAGGCCUGAUCUUAAGAAAAAGUUUUAUCUAGAUAAUGACAACAUGAUUCGACCAAGAAUGGAUUUUGGAGUGGAACAUAUUUUGAAAAAAUCAUGGUUUUAUGCGAUUAAGUGUAGUGGUCAAUUUUUGACGUCAUCUCAUAUCAAUGUGGUUAUGUAUUACAUCCGCAAGAAAGCCAAGUAUAAGCUGUUAGAUGGUUUGCGAAUUACCACAACUGACUGUCUGUUUGACGAUAGAAUGUGUGCAACGUAUGUGGCAUAUACAAAAAAGAAGAAGCAUGAUGUAUCAACUGUCAGUGAGCGUGGUACUGUAGCUGAUUUUAUUCGUGGAGAUAAGGUUCUUUGCAAUACUCAUUGGAAGGACGUGGAUGAGGUUCUUUUUCCCAUACACGUGAACAGUCAGAAACAUUGGAUUUUGGGACGUUUGGUCUUUAAAGAGAGAUGCAUAUAUGUCUAUAAUUCCAUGCAAUCAGCUUUGUCGAGGGCUCUUGGAAUCGAAGCAGCCACGAAAUAUUCAGUUCUCAUUCCUCUGUUUUUAACUCGUAUGAAUAUUUAUCAAAUGAGGAGCGACAUUGAUUUCAACUCUCCUGCUUAUCAGAAUAAGGAUUUUUGUGAUCCUUUCAAUAUUGUAUCUGUUUCCAGCCUUCCAGAGCAACAAGAAACUGAUUGUGGAGUGUUCACUCUCGCGUUUGCAGAGCAUUUGAUUCAUAAUAAACCUAUUCCGUUGACUCUGGAUAUUAAUCGCUAUCGGAUGCGUCUCUCAUAUCUGUUGUACCGAUAUGGCAUGAUGAAGAAUGCAGAAAAUAUUUUUAGUGAUGAAGAGAUUGAAUCGAAGAAGAACGAUGAAAAAGCAACAAAAAAAGGGAAGAAAAAGGUGUCAGAUUAGUAAAUGUUUAGUAUAGUAUGGAUUUUUAAUGGUAUGUUUGAAUCAGUAAAAGUUUAGUAUAGCAUGGAUUUUAGUUAAACUAGUGUUUUUGGA